ACAGCGGCGGAUCCUGGCAGGGAUCGAGGAUCUCGAAGGGACGGGUCGGAGAGGAGCAGCUGAAUAUAUUCUUGUUCUGUCUCGUAAUCCGAGGGUCUGCGUGCUAGUCAGCUGCUUUCGGGCCUGCUUGUGCAGUUGGCGCGCUCGCCGCUGGGCCCCGAUGACUUCUCAGGACGGCGGGCCUGGGAAUCCCGCCCUCGACUCCCGCGCCGCGGCCGCUCCUGCGAUGGAACACGAACAAGUUGCGUUUUUGAACAUCAGCGCCCGCCCUGCCGAUGGCGAGAGCUGGCCUUGCCAGCCGCGCUCCAGGGCGGCCUCCUGCGUCUGUCUGGGCCUCUCGAAAGAGGCCUCUGCUGCGGCGCGCGCAGACAACGCGCCGCUGCGGCAGCGAUGGACGAUCAGUACCCAAGUGUCCUCGCUCCGUGCUGGAGAGGGAGGAAGAGCAGGGUAGAACCAAGCUGUGUCCCCAAUCCGUAGGCAUGUGAGGACACCACGCAACUCGAAGAGCUGCGGCGACCGUUGUUCAGGAGCGGUCCCUCCCGGCCCCACACGUAACGUCAGGGCGUCAGGGCAUAGGCGUGGGAAUGGUCGGUGCAGUCGUUUCCGCCUCAGCAGCGGCCAGCUGCUCUCGCUGCCCUCCUCCGGCGGAGCGUCUCCUCGCGAGGCCGGGCCUGGUGUGCUGGCAACGGCGGUAAGACGACUAGGCUCCUAGCCCGCUUGUCCCGCUGGCGUCGUGGAUCCAGCAUGCCGUCGGGAGAUUUUUCAGCAUCUUAAAACGCCGGGGGAUGGGUAAGCGGAGGUGCUUGUGUUGCCCCUUUUCCUCCACCUGUUUGAGCUUGUGCAUAGAAUGCCAAAUGCUGGAAACAUGACGCUGGCCUGUCCUGGACAGGCCACCCAGGAGUCGGUGGUCGGACGCGAACCCGACGUGGACCGUGUCUCCGUUCUCCUCGUGAAUUCCGCCUUGCGGACGUCGGCGCGCUGGCCCAGGUCGGCGCGUUGGACGCAGAACUGAAUCAUCGUUAAUGAUUUUUCUGUACUUUUCUCACAUCCGAUUGUGGGAGGACGUGCCCGACCUAACCCCAGUCGGCCACGCGCAAAGGAGGGCAGGGGGAGGGGGGAGGCUCCUUAAAGACACCCCUGCUUCUGAGAGGCCUACCCCCGUCCCCCCCCCCCUUGCGCACGUCUGGCCCGAGGCGGGGAUCUGUCCGCAGCCGCCGCCUGAAUUUGAAGGCUCGCCAGCGCGCGCCCUGUGCGCAGGGCUUUGUCUGGAGCGCGCCCUGCUGAACAACACAUAGCAGAAACACGGCGCGCAUCCGAAGUAUGAUGAAAUCACUGUCGAGCGCGGUUCGUGGUUCGACUGGCCAGCUUCGUAUGAUGCCGAUAAGCCCGUGCCUCCUCCUCGCGAAGCCGAGGAGCGCGUGACUGCCCAGCUGCCGCCCGCCCAGCAGCUGCUCCAGGUCCCUGCUGUUGGAGAGCGGAGUCAGGAUGACUCCGAUUAAUUGUUAUUCUGUGGGUCUCUGUCCCUUGGGCCCCCCUUCUUCGGUCUUUUUGCACUCACAGCGGACCUCUUGUGAGGUGCUCGCUCUCGCACUCUGCGCGGUGCCACGGCGAUGCGGCUCUCUCCGCCUGCAUUCUUGUGUGGCAGAAAUUCACCCACAUGGACGAGCAGCCAGGACAUUUUUCCCCUCGAGGUGGUGUGAGGUUGUUGCAGAAGCAUGCUGAGGUGAAGCGGCCUGUAGCGGUCAAAAUAAAAC